AUGGAGGCCUGGAAAACCAACCCGCUGUGGACGGAUGCGGAUGUUUAUCACCAGACUGGCUGGAUCAUGAUGAACGAGCGUGACAGUGAUCUCGCCCAGCGUAUCCGGAAGAAUUUCCAAGACUGUGGGCAUCCAGACUGGACGCAAGAUAUGACCGAGGCCGAGGUCCGUCGUAGCUGGAGGGAGGUAUUGAAAGAGGCAGACCUCAGUUUGUUUGGUUCUUAUUACUUCAACCCGUCUGCUGGCUGGGCCGAUGCGGGAAAGGCCCUUAAGAUCAUGGCAGAAGCAACAAUUCAAAUGGGAGUCAAGUACCAGGUUGGCGAGGCAACAAGGCUUAUGUUGGGCGAUCAUGGAAUCACAGGAAUCGAGACUGCGUCGGGCGAAUGCUUCACCGCGAGCAGGAUACUCCUGGCGACUGGGGCGUGGACCAGCCAAUUGAUGGCUUCGGUUGAAGAUGAUCUGCAGAUGCCAACAAGUGUCAGAAUUGAAAAUCAACUCACUGCCGCAGGGGUCUGCUCUGCACAUUUUCAACUCUCGCAAGAGGAACGAGAGCUAUAUGAUCUGCUGCCUGUUUACGUGUAUGGUGGAGAAGGUGAAGUCUUGCCUCCCACGGCUGCUGGUUUGCUUAAAUUCACAAGCACGACCGCCUUUAAAAACACCAUCCAAACAAGCACUGGGCAUACACUCUCAGUGCCUCCAUCCACUCAUCAAUAUGAUGUCCCGGAAUCUAUACGCAAAGAAUGUAUAAGUCAUUUCAAACGACGUUUACCCCAACUGUUCGAUGACGGUCGUGAAGCAGAGUAUUUUCGCUUCUGCUGGGAUGCAAUCACGCCAAAUCAGCACCCACUUAUCACGCGUCACCCCCACUCGCAGCUAUCCAAUCUGUACUUCGCAGCUGGAGGCUCGUUUCACUGCUGGAAGUUCCUGCCCAUAAUCGGCCAGUAUGUAGUGAACGUUCUCAACGGCACUAGUAACGGUGCCAAUCGUGACGAGGCAUGGAAGUGGAAAGAAGAAUCGUUGGGACGGGGAGUCCAUGACAAACUUAUCCCGAACAGAGACCUUCGAGAUUAUUAG